UUUUGUUUCUUUUCUUUUGAAAAUUUGACAUUCCCAAGCCAUUCUCAAGCUAUAGAAGUCACAUAAUCAGUUGGUCGUUGAUGAAGUCGUCGUGGCCCGUCAGUGAUGACAAAUUGACAAUUAAUACUUCAGAGAUGAACGAUUUGAAAGCUGGGGCAGAGCUGCUUGAUAUUAUUCUUCCAAAGUCCCAGAGAAUGGGCAUGGAGCCUCAAAGAGCUGCAGUGGGGAAGCAGAACCACAGUCAGGUUCAAUUAAUAUACCCAGCAGGCUCACCUCCAGCAGCAGACACAGUGAGGAGAAUAAUCGGCACAAUGAAGAAACCAGCUUACCUGCUUGACAUUACAACAUUAUCACAACUGAGAAAAGAUGCUCAUCCUGAGACUUACAGUGGCGAUCACUCUGGCAUAGACUGCAGCAACUGGUAUCUCCCGGGACUGCUUGCAAGUAACUUGCAUUUGAUAAGACAAUCUCUGUUACCCUAUGCUACAAGUCAGCCGGUUUUUUUAACUUUGUUAGUUCUUGUUAACUUUUUUUGAUAAGCUAAUAAGGUUCUAGAUUCUAGAAUGCAAUAGUUUGAGUCCUUCAUUUUUGUUUUAACAAGUGCUAAAGUGGGUUGUUAAGUGUUGUUAGUAAGAAAACACCAAGUUCUCUGGAAAAUUGUCAAGUUUAGAAACAUUCCCAAGUUCCCAACGGUACUUGAUUGUAUAUACCAUAUUUGGAUCUUU